AUGGAACCCUUUUCCACACAAACUUCCGGUUUCAUUUCCCUACUAGCUUCGCAGAGCAGUCCAUUCCCGGACUGCGACCCUCCACAAGCAGUAGCUAACUCUCCUGGGUUAAUGAAACCGGCUUCCAAGAGGAAGUGGUCAACUAAAGAGGACCUUGUGCUCAUCAGUGGUUGGGUGAACACGAGCAAGGACCCUAUUGUCAGUAAUGAGCAGAAGAUCACCUCCUUUUGGAGGAGAAUAGAGGCGUACGUGAAUUCUAGCCCUCUGCUCACUGGCAGCGCUCCAAGAGAGUGGGGUCAGUGUAAGCAGAGGUGGGGAAGGGUCAACGACCAAGUGUGCAAGUUUGUAGGAAGCUACGACGCGGCUUUGAAGCACCAAUCAAGUGGUCAAAAUGAUGAUGAUGUGAUGAAGGCUGCCCAUGAGAUUUUCUUCAAUGAUUACCAAGCGAAAUUCACCAUGGAACACUGUUGGAGGGAACUGAGACAUGAUCAGAAGUGGAAGUCAGUUUUCAAGUCAAGAGAUGGCGGGAAGGAGAAAACGAAGGAAGCUGAAGAGGUAAUGGUUGAGGACGAGGUUAGACCAGCUGGUGUUAAGCCUGCUAAAGCAGCCAAAACGCAAGAGGUUGCUUUGUCUCACGAGUUGCUAUGUCAGGAGUUGUUGUAUCACGGGUUGGUGUCUGUUGCUGUCUCACGGGUUGGUGUCUGUUGCUGA